UGGACGGUGUGUGUUUACGUAGCAACGGGCCGGAAGAUGUCGCUUGGGCCAGUCCUAAAAAACUUCCGCCUUAAGUUGUAGAGAAAACACAGCAGCUAAAAAGGCUAUCGACGGCGUAACCAUCCCAUUUACGAAGUCAGACAAAAGGCUACUAUACUCUGGAGUUUGGGUGGUUUUGAGCGUGUGUGUGUGUGACUGGUUGAGUGUAUGUGUGAGUGUAUGUGAGCUGCAGAUUCUUCCUCACUGUUACAACCAGAGCUGCUCCUCCCUGGAGGAUGACAAUGGAGGAGAUGAAGAAUGAAGCGGAGACAAACUCCAUGGUAUCCAUGACGCUGUACGCCGUGAUGUAUCCAGUUUUCAAUGAGCUGGAGAGGAUCAACCUAUCAGCAGCUCAGACUCUCAGAGCAGCCUUCAUAAAGGCGGAGAGGGAGAACCCCGGCCUGACUCAGGACAUCAUAAUGAAGAUCUUGGAGAAAAAAAACGUCCAAAUCAACUUCACUGAAUCCCUACUGCGUAUGGCAGCUGAUGAUGUGGAAGAGUUCAUGAUUGACCGACCUGAGCAGGAGUUCCAGGACCUAAAUGAGAAGGCCAGAGCUCUUAAACACAUCCUCAGCAAAAUCCCAGAUGAGAUCAAUGACAGAGUACGCUUCCUACAAACUAUCAAAGACAUUGCCAGCGCCAUAAAAGAGCUCCUGGACACAGUCAACAAUGUCAUUAAAAAAUAUCAGUACCAGAAUCGCAGAGCCCUGGAGCACCAGAAAAAGGAGUUUGUGAAAUACUCCAAAAGUUUCAGUGACACCCUCAAAACAUACUUCAAAGAUGGAAAGGCAAUAAAUGUCUUCAUCAGCGCAAACCGGCUCAUCCACCAAACCAACCUCAUACUGCAGACCUUCAAAACCGUGGCCUAGCCCCACACCUCACCCCGACCCCACCCAAGAGACCACAGAGCCCCCCCUUCUCAUUGUCCCUUGGGGAACAACUGCUAAAAUGGCAGAGGCUUGAAGAGCACCUCACCCAUAUAUGUAAAUUAGAGUUGAUUUUUUUUUUUAGGGUUGGGGUCGAUGUCAUUGGAGUCGAGAUUCUAGAUUCCAGUUCAAGAGACUGAAAAGUGCCAUUUGUUUUUUUUUCAAUGACGAUUUUCCAGUCUUGAAGUGGAACUGAACAGGGGCCCAAAGUCUUGGUUAAUUGAUUUUAUUUGGACAGUUUUAAUUUAUAACCCAAAACUUGUUUGGGAGGUGGUGAGGCGAGGUGUUCAUUAAAGACUAAUUGCCAUUUUUCUAAUAUAUUCAUGUUGAUCAUUUUACUUUUAGCUUUUCAGUCAUGGCUACACAUCUGAGACUACAUCCAGUAGGGAUUGUUCUCAGUAGUCUAUACCAGUUUUCUCUUCUCGCCUCCUAUUUGUGUCAUUUUUGCCACGGGCUGUAUGGAUUGACAGAAGCACCUGGCUGCAGGUCAAACAGUUGCGAGGAGAGGAAGCAGAGUUGGACAUUUGAGAGGCAGAUUUCGUUUCUCUUUAUUAUCAGAAGAAAGAAAGCCAAAAGACUUCCAGCACAGUGUGCGCCUUACCAAGUCCUGUAACAUUCCCUCCUCUCAAGAGUGUAAUGAAGUGGAGCCAGUCCCUGCUGUUGAGGGAUGUAGAGAGAAAAGAGUUCUGUAUUUAACUGGUUGCAAAUGUUCAAUAAAUAGUUUCCAAAUGA